AUGCGCUCACGUGUCUGAGCGCAGAUCUAAAGCAGCGCUGUUAAACCCUGAUGUGUUGUCCGGUAGAGAUGCCUCUCCCCACAGAUCAUUAAAUACAUUUCCUUCCAUUUCCAAACGUUGCAGGUAAACUAAACGUUUACUGUCGCCUGGAUCGGGUGAGCGGAUGAUGGCUCUUAUUUUAGCAUUUAUCCUUUUGAGCCUUCUGAAAAAUGCACUUCCACAAGAUCUGAGCGAGCGAGGACCGAGACGAGGGGACUGGCCCGACCCGACCCUCCCUCCCGCACCCUACCCGACCCCUCCGCCCAAUAAAGGUUGUAAGAAGGUGGUGGACUGCCCCGUGCGGCUUUUCUUCACCAUCGACACGUCGGAAAGCAUCUCCCUGCAGGAGUCGCCCCCCGGGGUGCUGGUGGACAACAUCAAGGAGUUCACCAAGCUGUUCGCCGAGCGGCUGACCGACGAGGAGUACCAGGGGGGCCGUGUGCGCCUCACCUGGUCGGUGGGUGGGCUGCACUACUCCCAGAGGCAGGUGGUGUUCAGCCACUUCUCCACCCGGCAGAGCUUCAUCCGCAGCCUGAGCAGCAUCAGCUACCUGGGCCGGGGCACCUUCACCGACUGCGCCCUGGGCAACAUGACCUCGCUGAUGACGCGCCACGCCGCGGACCAGAGGGCCGCGCUCUUCUCCGUGGUCAUUACCGACGGCCAUGUCACCGGGAGCCCGUGCGGCGGCAUGAGGAGCAGCGCGGAGAAGGCCCGUGACCAAGGCAUCAGGGUGUUCUCGGUGGCAGCCUCGCGGACGGUGGAUGAGGCGGGGCUGAGGGAGAUCGCCAGCCCCCCCGCUGAGGUGUACCGCGACGGCUACAUCGCCGUGGACCUGGUGGACGGCCGGCCCCGCAUCAUGACCGACACCAUCGACCGCAUCCUCAAAGUCAUGAAACACCAAGCGUAUCUGCAGUGCUACAAGGACUCCUGCCUGGAGACGCCUGGCAGCAUGGGGCCAAAGGGGUACCGAGGUGCAAAGGGGAACAAGGGAGAAGGGGGUCACCCCGGUGGUAAAGGGGAGCAGGGCUAUCAGGGCGAUCCUGGAAUCGAAGGACCAAUUGGUCAUCCCGGCUCCAAGGGAGAGAUCGGGCUGAUGGGAGACAGGGGUGAGAUUGGAUACACAGGAGCAAAGGGUUCUGGUGGAGCGGCUGGCAGGAAUGGGACUGAUGGAUUCAAAGGCAAGACCGGGCGCAUCGGAACCCCUGGCUGCCAGGGAGGGGCCGGGGAUAAGGGAUCUGAUGGUUUCCCUGGUGACUCGGGGGACUCUGGACCUGCAGGCCCACCAGGAGUGAAGGGAUCGACAGGCCGAGCGGGCAGAGCAGGACCCCCGGGACCAGGCGGAGAGCCAGGACCAAAGGGCGACACGGGGAACCCUGGCUACCCAGGAGAGCCCGGAGACAAGGGGCCCGCGGGCAAAGGCGGAGCCCUGGGCCUGAAGGGAGAAACUGGCAGGAGAGGGGACAGCGGUGUGAAGGGGGCACCUGGACUGGGGGGACUCAAGGGUGACAAGGGAGAACGAGGACCCGAGGGAGGCCGGGGCUUUACAGGAGAAGACGGAUCCAAGGGGGCAAAGGGGGACCUUGGCCUACCAGGACCGAGGGGGAAGUCGGGCCCCCAAGGGGACCCCGGAAACAACGGCACCGCAGGACACCUGGGAGACGCCGGGCCGAGGGGGGACACCGGACCGCCGGGACCUAAGGGCGACCAAGGGAGAGACGGGUUCAACUACCCUGGGCCCAGAGGCCCCACGGGUGACCGGGGGGAUCCAGGCAGGAGGGGGCCGAGGGGGAGCCGAGGAGACUGCGGAGCCAAGGGAGCCCAGGGAAACGCAGGAGGGCCGGGGGAACUGGGCGAGGACGGGACGCUGGGUCAGCCCGGGAGCAGAGGACCCCGCGGGGACGCCGGCCCGGACGGUGGAGUUGGACCAGCGGGGGAUCCUGGACUCACUGAGUGCGACGUGAUGAGCUACAUCAGAGAGACGUGUGGCUGUUGUGACUGUGAGAAGCGCUGCGGGGCCCUGGACAUCGUGUUCGUCAUCGACAGCUCCGAGAGUGUGGGGCUGGCCAACUUCACCCUGGAGAAGCACUUCGUCAUCAACACCAUCAACCGGCUUGGCUCCAUGGCCAGCGACCCCGCCUCGCUCACCGGCACCCGUGUGGGCGUGGUCCAGUACAGCCACAACGGGACCUUCGAGGUGAUCCAGCUCAGCGACCCCCACAUCGACUCCAUGGGCGCCUUCAAGACGGCUGUAAAGGACCUGCAGUGGAUCGCGGGCGGCACCUUCACGCCCUCCGCAUUGAAGUACGCCUACGACCACCUGAUCCGGGACGGGCGCCGCGCCGGGGCCAGGGUCAACGUGGUGGUGGUGACGGACGGCCGCUUCGACCCCCGGGACGACGACGCCCUGCUGCCCUCCCUGUGCGGCACGGCGGGGGUGGAGGUCAACGCCAUCGGCGUGGGUGACAUGUUCGGCCAGGUGGAAGAUGACGAGAUCCUAGGCUCCAUCACCUGCAAUCGCAAGGACCGCGUCACCGGGAUGAGACGGUUCGCCGACCUGGUGGCCGACGACUUCCUGACCUCCAUGGAAACCGUGCUCUGCCCUGACCCUGUGACCGUGUGCCCAGACCUGCCCUGCCGAUCAGAGUCGGACGUGGCCCGCUGCGCCAUGCGGCCUGUGGACAUCGUCUUCCUAUUGGAUGGCUCCGAGCGGCUAGGCGAGGACAACUUCCGGCAGGUGCGGGCGUUCCUACAGGAGGUGGCGGGCACCCUGACGCUGGCGAAGGGCAAGACGGACCGCAUGCGGGCACGCAUGGCCCUGGUCCAGUUUGGCCGCGAUGCCGAGAACCACACCGCCUUCCGGCUCACGCACAACCCUGCCCUCAUCUCCGACGGCAUGGCCCGCAUGCCUUACCUGGAGACCGCCUCGAGCGUGACACCCGCCAUCCUGCACGCCAUCAACAAUGUCCUGUCGAGCGGUGGGGUACGCCAGAGCCGGCGCAACAGCGAACUGUCCUUUGUGUUCCUCACCGACGGCGUGACGGACACGCAGAACCUUGACGAGGCCUUGAGCGCCAUGCGCCGUGCGCAGGUGGUCUCCACGGUGAUCGCCACAGGGAGUGACGUGGACCAGGACGUCCUGUUGACCCUGGCCAUGGGCGACCAGGAGGCCGUCUUCAAGCCCUCCGACCUCUCUGAGCCCGGCUUCUUCAGCCGCUUCAUCCAGUGGAUCUGCUGAGGGAUCCACGGGCUCAUGUACUGCUGCUACUGUUUAUCUAGCAUUGUAGAGAGGAAACAUGCUCACUAGGGGCCCUGCUAUACACUCAGGGAAUGUGUAUGUCUCUUUUAUCUUUAUUAUAGUGCUCCAGUGGUUUCAAACGGCAAGCACAUCUCUUUGUUAGAGCCCUUCUUUUCAGACACUUUAAGCGCCAAUCACCUAAGGCACCGAUUUCACUUUUACGCUUAACUGAUCGCCAUAAACCAUGUGCUAGACCCAAGUUGCGCCCUUUUCCUGUUUUUAGUUCUGAACAAGUUUUAAUGGGGAAACAUUAAAAGAUACAACUCACUCUA